UACCGCCAGUUUCUCAUUACAGUGGGUGAGAGCUCUGUAACUAUGAAGGCUUUUGGCUAUGGAGAACUCGUCCAUUUCCCCUCUCUUCUGAAAUUUUCUGCCCUAAUUCUUGCUUCUCUCUCGUUCUUCUUCAUUGGAAAGCACUGGUCCGAUGGCUAUCAACAACUGGUGUUCUUCUCUGCAAAUUCUCAGAAACCACCAUCCAUCUCCAUUUCCAAGAACUCAAACCUAACCCUAAACGUUUCAGCUCUAAUUUCGAACUUCACAGAGAACGAUUCAAGUCCAAAACCUGCGAAAAUUCAACAAGAUCCACCACCAUAUCCUCCUCCUCCUCUUUCACGCCCUCCUCCGCCUCCUCCAAUGUCUCCUGAAACUUAUGGAGUGGUUGAUGAAAGUGGAACAAUGACGGAUAACUUUGAUGUGGGGGAUUUUGAUCCAGAUCUGGUUAAGGAUUGGGAAAAUGAGACCAGAGAUAUAGAGAUUGACGGUGGUUCUGGUUUGGUUGCAGUGAAGAAUUUUAAACUCUGCGAUAUCAGUAUGAGAGAGUACAUUCCUUGUUUGGACAAUGUUGAGGCCAUUAAGAAGCUUAAUUCCACAGAGAAGGGGGAGAAAUAUGAGAGGCAUUGCCCAGAGAAGGGGAAAGGUUUGGAUUGCUUGGUUCCAGCACCAAAGGAUUAUAGGACCCCCAUUCCAUGGCCAAAAAGUCGAGACCAGGUAUGGUUCAGCAAUGUACCACAUACACGGCUUGUUGAAGACAAAGGAGGGCAGAAUUGGAUUUCUCGAGAUAAAGAUAAAUUCAAAUUUCCCGGAGGAGGAACCCAAUUUAUCCAUGGAGCAGAUCAGUACUUGGGUCAGAUCUCUCAGAUGGUUCCAGAAAUAGCAUUUGGCUCUCAUACAAGAGUUGCCUUGGAUGUCGGGUGUGGGGUUGCAAGCUUUGGCGCUUUUCUGCUUGCACGAAAUGUGAUAACCAUGUCAAUUGCACCAAAAGAUGUCCAUGAGAAUCAGAUUCAAUUUGCCCUUGAACGUGGUGUUCCUGCUAUGGUGUCUGUCUUUGCCACACGUCGACUAUUGUAUCCAAGCCAGGCUUUUGACUUGAUACAUUGCUCACGAUGUCGAAUCAACUGGACCCGUGAUGAUGGAAUUUUACUUGUUGAAGUAGAUAGAAUGCUGAGGGCUGGAGGCUACUUUGCUUGGGCAGCACAACCAGUAUAUAAACACGAAGAGAAUUUGCAAGAAGCAUGGAAAGAGAUGGAAGACCUUACUGCUCGGAUCUGCUGGCAACUUGUGAAGAAGGAGGGCUAUCUUGCCAUUUGGCAAAAGCCUCGAAACAACAGCUGUUAUCUAAGCCGUGAUGUUGGUGUUAAGCCUCCCUUAUGUGAGGCAGAUGAUGACCCUGAUAGUGUCUGGUAUGUAAACCUCAAGGGAUGCAUCAGUCGAUUGCCUGAGACUGGGUAUGGAGGGAAUUUAACAGCUUGGCCUGCACGUUUGCAUGGUCCUCCAGAUCGAUUGCAGUCUGUAAAUAUGGAUGCUUAUGUGUCCAAAAAGGAUCUUUUCAAGGCAGAAACAGGUUAUUGGAAUGAUAUUAUAGCAAGCUUUGUACGAGCUUAUCAUUGGAAGAAACUGCAUUUUCGAAAUGUGAUGGAUAUGAGGGCAGGGUUUGGAGGGUUUGCAGAAGCAAUGUAUGAUCUACAUAUGGAUUGCUGGGUCAUGAAUGUUGUUCCUGUUAGUGGACCCAACACCUUGCCUGUUAUCUAUGAUCGAGGACUUAUUGGUGUUAUCCAUGAUUGGUGUGAGCCAUUUGAUACAUAUCCCAGAACCUAUGAUCUCUUGCACGCAAAUGGCCUCUUCUCCAUUGAGCGGAAAAGGUGCAACAUAUCGAGCAUCUUGCUAGAGAUGGAUCGCAUUCUUAGGCCUAGUGGGUACGCAUACAUCAGGGACUUGCGGCCUGUUCUCGAGGAAGUCAAGCUAAUAGGAAACGCCAUGGGUUGGAGGAUUUCUACCUAUGACACCUCUGAGGGGCCUUAUGCCAGUCAAAAGGUAUUGGCAUGUCAGAAGCAGUUGUUGCGAGCUUGAACAGGUAGAGAGAGACAAAAUCAUCGACAGAGAAACUAGUGGAAAGAAUUCUAUACAGGUAGAGAGAGAAACUCAUACACAGUGCCAGAUUUGGAAAUCAGUGAUAGUUUGAUUGGUUUAGUUGGUUCAUGGAUCACUGAAACAGUGGGCAAUGGAAAGCAUUGAGAACUGCGAACGGAGAUGUGUAAUUGGAGGCAUUACGAGAGAGAAUGGGUGUACAGACGGCCCAAUAGAGAGACAGGCAUGUAGCAUGGCUACAUGCUGGAUCCGAGUUGUGUAAUUCAUUGGGUAUUAUUCCCUUUUUUUUUCUGUUCUGUAAUCUCAAAAGUAAUUGCUGGCAUUCUGUUCUUUAAUUAUGUGUGGAUGUGCUUACACACCAAGCACCAAGGCAGGGAUCAUUCCCUUUGUUAUAAUUUCUUAUGUCUUUGCUUAAUUUUUUUUCAACUUUAUGUGGCAUAUUUGAAGAAGUAUUCAACUAA